UUCUCAUAAUCUUCCAAUCUCUGCUCUCACAAGUUCACUCAAAGUUAGUUUUCUAAAUUGUUUCAUUUCAUCUCAUUUUAAUCAACAUAUAUAUUCAUGGAUAAAGUGGAGAGUUCUGUUAGGUAUAGUGAUCGAUUACCACCUUCAAAACUAAUCACGAUUCUUUGUAUUGAUGGUGGAGGUGUUAGAGGAGUCAUUCCAAGUACUAUUCUAGAAUUCCUCGAAGCUGAAUUACAGAUACUGGAUGGUCCUGAAGCUAGACUUUGCGACUAUUUCGAUAUCAUCAGUGGGACAAGUACUGGGGGACUAGUAACAGCAAUGUUAACUGCACCAAAUGAACAAAAUCGACCUCUUUUUGCAGCAAAGGAAAUACCUCAAUUCUACCUAGAUCAUAGCUCAAAAAUCUUCCCACAAACGAAAAUUGGGAUUCUUGAUAAUGCUAAAAAAUGGAUCCAUGACAUGGUUGGUGGACCGAAGUAUGAUGGUGAAUACUUUCAUGGACUUUUGAGGAAGUUACUUGGACAAACUAGAUUGCAUCAAACGUUAACUUCGGUUGCUAUCCCUGCGUACGAUGUAAAGCAAAGACACACUUGUAUCUUCACCACUCAGAAAGCUAAAACCACUUUACUAGAAGAUCCACUACUCUCAGAUGUUUGCAUUGGUACUUCUGCGGCGCCAACUUAUCUCCCUCCUCACCGUUUCCAAGUGAAGUCCAAAACCGGUGAAAGCGAAGAAGUACGAGAAUAUAAUCUCAUUGAUGGCGGGGUUGCUGCUAAUUGUCCGAUUACAAUUCCGUAUGGACUUAUCCCCGGAGUAUGCAAGGGAAAUCCAAGUUUUUUCAACCAAGGAAAUGGUAAAGUUCUGAUAUUAUCAUUAGGCACGGGAUCAUCAACACGAGCGGAGGCUGAAAAACAAGAAAUAACAGCUGACAUUGCAGCCAAAUGGGGGGUUGUGGAUUGGUUGCGCUACACAAAUGGACUAAGUGAUUUGUUUUCACCAGCUGAGUCUGACAUAUCAUAUUAUGAUAAUGCAUCUAUCCUAGCUUUGUCUCAACUUUGGCUUGGUGCUAAUAAAAUCGAGUUCCUCAGAAUUCAGCAUAACUUCACUAAUAGCGAAAGUGGUACACUAUCUUCAAUCGACAUAGCUACAAAAGAAAAUCUUGAAUCUCUUGUCAGAGUUGGCCAAGAUUUGUUAAAGAAACCGGUUACACAAGUUAGUGUAGAAACAGGUCAUCUCGAACCCGUGGUGCAUAAUGAUCAGGAAAAUCUCCUCCACCUAGAAACCAAUCAAGAAGCACUUGUAAGAUUUGCCAAACUGCUUUCAAGUGAAACGAAAGAUCGUAUUCGAAGAAAAAACAGUGGUAUGGCUGCUGGUUUCGCAUCAAGUGGUCUCUAGUCUCAAUGUCUCAUAGUACUUUUAUAGUACUCAUAUUUGUGUACAUAUUCUGUCCAUAUGUUCUUACACUGUGAAUACCAUUUGAUCAAUA